ACGGCUCCGGCCCAACGCGGGCUACUUAUCGCCGAAUGAAACCAUAUCCACUACAGUUUCCUCCGCAAUCCCUCCCCGACUGGCCUUUGGAGCCUCCUGUCUCUUGAUUUCGAACGAGCAUCAUGUUAGGCUCGUCCCAGAUCGUCGCCGCCCUCUGUGCCCUUCUGGCUUUGGCGUCCGGGGCUCCUUCGCCUGCGAGAUCCUCGCUCCGUCGCCUCAGGAGUCCUGCGUCCGGCCCGGAGGACCUUUUGCCGCCGAAGGAGACGGGGAAAGCGGCCCUUGAGUGCUUGGAGUGCGAGCUGGUGGUCGUCCUCCUGCAGGGGGAGAUCGCUGCCGGCGUCAGCUACGAUGCCCUGGUACAGGAGUCGGUCCAGAUUUGCGUCAGCCAAGUGGGCAUGACGGAGACCUUCUGCCAGGGAUACGUUCCUCAAGUUGCUCCUAUCCUGUACUACAUCUUCACCCACAACAACGUUUCCGCUGCGGACUUCUGCGGGAUGGUCCUCUCCUACUGGGGCUGCACCAGCAGCAACCCCGCCCGCGAGUGGACAGUCUCCAUCCACGGCGAAAAACCUCCCGUGGCGCCCGUGACGCUGCCAGGGCCCGACGCCCCGACGCUGAAGGUGCUGCACCUGUCCGACACCCACAUGGACCCGCUCUACGCCCCGGGCUCGAAUGCUGCUUGUCCGGAGGAGCUGUGCUGCCGCGAGGAGUCAGGCAUCGCCGAGACCGAGGAGGACGAGGCGUGGUACUGGGGGGACUACCGGCACUGUGGGUCGCCGCCCUGGAUGCUGGAGGAUAUGCUGGCCCACGCACGCGCCGCCCACCCGGACCUGGACUACGUGAUGUGGACGGGCGACGUGGUGCCUCACAACAUGUGGUCGACGUCGCGCGAGUGGAACCUGCGGCUGGUGCGGGAGACCAACGCCCUCGUCAGGAAGUGGUUCCCGGAUGUCCCAGUCUUCCCGGUCGUCGGCAACCACGAGAUGAGUCCGCUCGACCA